AUGGGAGGCUGUGGCACAUGGGCAUGGCAGGAGCUGCUAGUGCUGCUGAGCAGCCUCCUGUGGCUGUGGGCAGACAGUGCCCAGCCCACCCCGCCAGGCCCCACAGCCAACCCAGGACCCCAGCUGAGGUUCCGCCUGGCUGGUUACCCACGCAAACACAACGAGGGUCGCGUGGAGGUCUUCUACAACGACGAGUGGGGCACCAUCUGCGACGACGACUUCACGCUGGCCAAUGCGCACGUGCUCUGCCGGCACCUCGGCUUUGUGGCUGCCACGGGCUGGGCCCACAGCGCCAAGUAUGGCAAAGGCAUGGGGCGGAUCUGGCUGGACAAUGUGAAUUGUGCUGGAGGUGAGAAGAGCAUUGGGGACUGCAAACAUCGGGGCUGGGGGAACAGUGACUGCAGCCAUGAGGAAGAUGCAGGUGUUGUCUGCAAGGAUGAGCGCAUCCCAGGCUUCAAGGACUCCAACGUCAUUGAGACUGAGCAGAAUCAUGUGGAGGAGGUGCGCCUGCGACCGGUGGUGUCUGGGGCCCGGCAGCAGCUGCCAGUGUCAGAGGGCAUCGUGGAGGUACGCUACAAGGAUGGCUGGGCACAGAUCUGUGACGAGGGCUGGCACAGCCAGAACAGUCGUGUGGUCUGUGGCAUGAUGGGCUUCCCUGCUGAGAAGAAGGUCAACAGGAACUUCUACAAGCGGCUGAAGCGUGCAGCCAGGAUGAAGGGCCGGAGCCUAAGGCCAGGUGGCAGGCUGGCCUCCAAGUCUCAGCCUAAACAAAAGCGCAGGGAGGACAUAGGGCCCAGGAAGAGGCUGUUCUCAGAGCGGCAGCAGCUCAACUACCGCCUGCACUCGGUGUCUUGCACGGGCACUGAGGUGCACCUCUCCAUGUGCACCUUUGAAUUCUACCGGGGCAAUGCCUCGGCUGCCUGCAGGGCUGGCAUGCCUGCCGUCGUCAGCUGUGUGCCUGGGCCCCUCUUCACCACUGGCAAUGGUCACAAGAAGAAACAGCGACGGCAGCAGCAGGGCCAGCAGCGAAUCCGCCUGAAGGGUGGUGCCAAGGUUGGUGAGGGCCGUGUGGAGGUGCUCAAGAGCAGCGAGUGGGGCACCAUCUGUGAUGACCGCUGGAACCUGCUAUCAGCCAGUGUGGUGUGCCGGGAGCUGGGCUUCGGUAGUGCCAAGGAGGCCCUCACUGGGGCACGCAUGGGCCAAGGGACGGGACCCAUCUACCUGAAUGAAGUGCAGUGCCUUGGCACUGAGAAGUCCCUUUGGAGCUGCCCCUUCAAGAACAUCACACAGGAGGACUGCAAGCACACAGAGGAUGCAGCUGUUCGCUGCAACAUCCCCUACAUGGGCUACGAGACUCUGAUUCGGCUGAGUGGGGGCCGGAGCCGCUUCGAGGGGCGGGUCGAAGUGGCACUGGGGGCUGGUGACGGGGACCAGCCCCACUGGGGCCUGGUCUGCGGUGAAGGCUGGGGUACGCUCGAGGCGAUGGUGGCCUGUCGCCAGCUGGGUCUGGGAUUUGCUAACCACGGCUUACAAGAGACGUGGUACUGGGAUGCCAGUAACGUGACGGAGAUGGUGCUGAGUGGGGUGAAGUGUGCCGGCCAUGAGAUGUCCCUGAGUCAUUGCCAGCACCAUGGCACCAGCCUGAGCUGCAGGAACACAGGCACACGCUUUGCUGCUGGUGUCAUCUGCUCUGAGACUGCCUCCGACCUGCUGCUGCACGCCCCGCUGGUGCAGGAGACGGCAUACAUCGAGGACCGGCCCCUGCACAUGCUGUACUGCGCCGCUGAGGAGAACUGCCUGGCCAGCUCGGCACGCCUGGCCAACUGGCCCUACGGGCACCGCCGCCUGCUGCGCUUCUCCUCCCAGAUCCACAACAACGGCCGUGCUGACUUCCGCCCCAAGGCUGGCCGCCACUCUUGGGUCUGGCACGAGUGCCACCGGCACUACCACAGCAUGGACAUCUUCACCCACUAUGACAUCCUGACACCCAAUGGCACCAAGGUGGCAGAGGGACACAAGGCCAGCUUCUGCCUCGAAGAUACUGAGUGUGAGGAAGAUGUGGCCAAGCGGUAUGAGUGUGCCAACUUUGGGGAGCAGGGCAUCACCGUGGGCUGCUGGGACCUGUACCGGCAUGACAUCGACUGCCAGUGGAUCGACAUUACUGAUGUCAAGCCUGGCAACUACAUCCUGCAGGUCGUGAUCAACCCCAACUUUGAGGUGGCAGAGAGUGACUUUACCAACAAUGCCAUGAAAUGCAACUGCAAGUACGAUGGGCAUCGCAUCUGGGUGCACAGCUGCCACAUUGGCGAUGCGCUCAGUGAGGAGGCCAACAGGCGGUUUGAGCGGUACCCAGGUCAGCUCAACAACCAGAUUUCAUAG